CGUCUAUCCAAUCAAACUCCAGUUUGCUGUUACCAGGAAGCAGAAGACGCGAUAGAGAAAUAUAUCCUAUAUCCCUUGAACUGAAUGCUACUUGAGAAAGACGGGUUAAUGGACAGCAAAGAUUCAUUUUUACGGGGGAAUAUGCUUGUCGAACAUCAUCAUAAGUUACAUUUUUCACUUAGCAUGCAACUGUCGGUCUCAGCAUAGCAGAGCUUACGUUAGCAGUGACAGCUACCUUACCGUGGAAGUUCCAGUUAGCUAGCUAAUGUAGCCAGCUAGCUAGCUGUAUAACCUAGCUAGCUAGGUUAAGUAGUUUAAGCUAACGUUACAGCAUUGCUUAGCAAUGUUACGAACGUCGGUCGUAAAAUCAUAUUUGACCCACUUUACCAAUUAACUGUUCUGUCUGUCGGGUAAACUAACGUUACUUUGAAACGUUGCUUAUCAAAAUGGCAAGCACCGUGGUGGGAGUCGGUACGGGGGUUUUCGUUAUAGCCGUCGUUUGGAUUGCAGCUCUUGUGUUUGGGAUGAUGCUGCUCAGAGCAUCUGGAUCUGCAAAGUUAGGCGUUAUCCCCGUUGGGUUUCUGGCUCUCACCAUCACUUUGGUGCUGGUGUUUUUCCCUCGCAGCCCAGAAACUACUCCCCCUUUCAAAGAGAUAGAGAUAGUGGACACUUUGUUCAUCGGCCGCUAUAUACUGCUGGCGGUGGCGGGCGCAGUCUUUCUACUGAUGUUCUUCAUGCUGCUCCCCUUUCAUUUCCUGGAGCCAGUGCAUGCCAAGGCCUUAAGAACACACUAGAGCUGGCAGAGGGAUCACACCGCUGAUGGACACAACUUACGACAAGCAGGGCUGAGCAGAGCCCCCCCCCUACA